UUUAGCCCCUCCUACCAGCCCGCCCCCUGUCACUUGUGAACUCUCUAUAGUUGCACUGCUGCGUUCAGCCCUGAGCUGUGCCUGUUUCUCCUUGCGUGUGUGCCCAGGUAACAGAAAGACUCCAUUACAAUGAACACUGCCAAAGGCACCACAUCACAGCGCCCAAAUAUUCCGAAUGAGUUGCUUCCAGAUUUACCUCAUGGGCCUCUCUCAGAAUAUAGAAGAAGAGCGUCUUUUAAUUGGAAGGAAAUGGUAUUUUUUUUGGAUGAUGAAGAACUUAUCCAGUUUAAGAAGGAAAUCUUCUCUGCUCUAGAGAAUGACCCACUGUUCCAUCGACAUCCUGGACAAGAUUUGUCUAUGGAGAAGUACAGAGAGCUGACAUUCCGACGGUGCAAGAGGAUUUUUGAAUAUAACUUCCUGACUCUGCAACAGACUUUGGAGAAGCCACAGAAAGUGUUAGCUCUCAUAAAUUGCUUGGGCAUGUAUGAUUGGUCACUUGGAGCGAAAUAUUUCCUGAACACUCAGGUGUUCAGUGGUGCUGUUGGAAAUGCUGGAUCUGAAAGGCACAGCCAGUUUUUAAAUCAAGUACAAACAAUGGAGAUUUUUGGGUGCUUUGCAUUGACUGAACUCAGUCAUGGCAGUAACACAAAAGCUGUAAGAACAACGGCAACAUUUGAUGCAUCUACCAAGGGAUUUAUUCUGAACUCGCCAGAUUUUGAAGCUGCCAAGUUUUGGGUGGGCAACAUGGGAAAGACCGCUACCCAUGCAGUCGUUUAUGCUCAGCUCUAUACCUCUGAUGGAAAGUGCCAUGGGUUACAUUCCUUUGUUGUGCAGAUACGGGACCCUCAGACUCUUCUGCCCAUGCCUGGAGUGAUGGUGGGGGACAUAGGCAAGAAACUUGGCCAGAAUGGUUUAGACAAUGGAUUUGCUAUGUUUCACAAUGUUCGAAUUCCUCAAGAAAACCUCUUGAACCGCACUGGCGAGAUCACAUCAAGUGGGACCUACACAAGUGCUUAUAAGGAUCCUAAGCAACGUCUUGGCGCUUCUCUCGGAACCUUAUCUAGCGGAAGGGUUUCAAUCAUGAGCAUGGCUGUAGUGAACCUGAAACUUGCCAUUUCCAUAGCAAUUCGUUUCUCAGCAACCCGUCGGCAGUUUGGCCCCACAGAAGAUGAAGAGAUACCAGUGCUGGAAUAUCAACUGCAGCAAUGGCGACUUAUCCCUUAUCUGGCCGCUGCAUAUGCUCUUGACUAUUUCUCAAAGACCUUCUUCAUGAAUUUGGUAGAACUUCAGAUUGGUAUCUUUAUGAAGGAUAAGAGUCAAAGACAGGCUGAACUUGGCAAGGAGAUUCAUGCUUUGUCCUGUGCCGGUAAACCCCUGGCCUCUUGGACUGCUCAGCACGGGGCACAGGAAUGUCGGGAAGCCUGCGGAGGUCAUGGCUAUCUAGCUAUGAACCGAUUAGGAGACAUCCGCAGCGACAAUGACCCGAACUGCACAUACGAAGGCGACAACAACGUUCUGCUUCAGCAGACUAGCAACUACUUACUUAGCUUGGUGCAUUUAGUCCAUGAAGACAAGGCUCACAUUGAGUCCCCUCUGGGAUCCAUUAACUUUCUCAUCGACUUCAAAGAUAUUUUGGGACAUAAGUUUACAGCAAGCUCUGUUGAAGAAUGUCUGGAUCCCAAAGUUUCCCUGGCGGCCUACAAGUGGUUGGUCUGUUAUCUCCUACGUGAAAGUUACCUGAAAUUGCAGCAGGAAAAGAAAAAUAGGAAUAAUGAUUUUAAUGCAAGAAACAACUGUCAGGUCUACUAUUGUCGUUCCUUAGCCCUGGCCUUCAUUGAGCAUGCUGUGCUGGAGAGAUUCCAUGAUUAUACCCACGAUUUCAGCACACCCUCCUCCCUACAGCCAGUCCUGAAGAAGCUGUGUGCAUUGUAUGGCCUGUGGUCCCUAAGUAAACAUUUGACAGUCCUCUACCAAGGAGGAUACUGCUUAGGGCAACUGCCUGCAAGGAUUGUACAAGACGCUAUCCUGGAGCUUUGUGCACAGCUUAAAGACGAGGCCGUCGCUCUAGUGGAUGUUAUUGCUCCUCCAGACUUCAUUUUAAACUCACCUAUUGCCAAAGCCGAUGGAGAGCUGUAUAAAAAUCUGUGGUCUGCGGUGCUGCAAGGAGAGAAGGUGCUGGAGAGGGCAUCUUGGUGGGAGGAAUUCUGCAGCAACAAACCGGUUAUCGGCCCGCUCAAAUCACAGCUGUAACCACGUAUGUCAAUCUGUGUCUAAAAAACUGUGAAUUUUUGUGUGAAACUUUGCCAAAUAUUGAAUUAAAACUAGUUCUUAAAUGCACCGAAUACAAAUCCAAAAAUAAUUCCAUUUUUGAAUGUAUAAAGAUGUUUCAUUUUGUUGCCUAUAAAAAAACUAAUAUAAAUGAGUUUGUAGAUCAAACUCAUCGUUACUGUGGUUUCCUUGUUAAGUACUUUAAUUAGCAAUCAGUUAUUCAGUGCCAGUAAUUCCAUCCUUCUUUAUUAACUAUUUGUUGAAACUUUCCUACAAACAUCGGGGUCUGGAAAUGGGAAAUGGUUAAAUGUGAGUUUAUUAGCGCAUGGUGUCAACUGAAGACGUUGGCAACUUAUUUAUAAUGAAUAUUAAAUGUCUUCAAUACGGUUAUACGGAACUUUUGAGACUCUCGGAAAUGUUAUGAAGGCCAAUAUUGACACCACUUAUAGUAAUUAUAGCUAUAAAUAUCGCCAAAGGUAUUGUCCAUAAUGUACAUUGUGCCCUUUGUUUACAGUUUGAGAGAGUAAAGCCACUAUCUGCGAUGAAGAGACCCUU